AUGACAGCAACGUUUUCACCUCAGAGCCGAGCACCCGCGCCGGGGCGGAGGAUCGCCCGGGACGGGACUUCUCACUUGCUGGCCCUGGUGAAUUACACGCCCCCUGCCCCAAUUAAUUUUGUAGCAAGUUUAAUCAUCCUCCACUUGUCUGGGGCAACCAAGAAAGGAACAGCAGAAAAGCAAAGCACCUCAGAGACACAGAAGUCAGUGCAGUGUGGAACUUGGACGAAGCAUGCAGAGGGGGGGAUCUUUACCUCCCCCAACUACCCCAGCAAGUACCCCCCUGACCGGGAGUGCAUCUACAUCAUAGAAGCUGCCCCAAGACAGUGCAUUGAACUUUACUUUGAUGAAAAGUACUCCAUCGAGCCGUCUUGGGAGUGCAAGUUCGAUCAUAUUGAGGUUCGAGACGGACCUUUUGGAUUUUCUCCAAUAAUUGGACGUUUCUGUGGACAACAGAAUCCACCUGUAAUAAAAUCCAGUGGAAGAUUUCUAUGGAUUAAAUUUUUCGCGGAUGGAGAGCUGGAAUCUAUGGGAUUUUCAGCCCGAUAUAACUUCACACCUGAUCCUGACUUUAAGGACCUGGGAGCUUUGAAACCAUUACCAGCCUGUGAGUUUGAGAUGGGCGGUCCGGAAGGCAUUGUGGAGUCCGUUCAGAUCAUGAAGGAAGGCAAAGCUUCUGCUAGCGAAGCCGUGGACUGCAAAUGGUACAUCCGAGCACCGCCACGAUCCAAGAUCUACUUGCGAUUCCUGGACUACGAGAUGCAGAAUUCCAACGAGUGCAAAAGGAACUUCGUGGCCGUGUACGACGGGAGCAGCUCCGUGGAGGACCUGAAGGCCAAGUUCUGCAGCACCGUGGCCAAUGACGUGAUGCUGCGCACGGGCCUCGGCGUGGUCCGCCUCUGGGCGGACGAGGGCAGCCGCAGCAGCCGCUUCCAGAUGCUCUUCACGUCCUUCCAAGAACCUCCCUGUGAAGGGAACACGUUUUUCUGCCAUAGCAACAUGUGUAUUAACAACACAUUGGUUUGUAAUGGACUUCAGAACUGUGUGUACCCUUGGGAUGAAAAUCACUGUAAAGAGAAGCGGAAAACCAGCCUGCUGGACCAGCUGACCAACACCAGUGGGACUGUCAUCGGCGUGACCUCCUGCAUUGUCAUCAUCCUUAUUAUCAUUUCUGUCAUCGUGCAGAUAAAACAGCCUCGUAAAAAGUACGUCCAACGGAAAUCGGACUUUGACCAGACAGUUUUCCAGGAGGUGUUCGAGCCUCCGCACUACGAGCUGUGCACGCUCAGAGGCCCGGCAGCCGCGGCCGACUUCGCGGACCUGCCCGAGGACCUGGAGAGCUACCACAAACUGCGCAGGUCUUCCUCCAAAUGCGUUCACGACCAUCACUGUGGAUCCCAGCUGUCCAGCACGAAAGGCAGCCGCAGCAACCUCAGCACAAGAGAUGCUUCUGUCUUGACCGAGAUGCCCCCGCCGCCCGUCAAGCCCCUCAUCCCGCCCAUGAACCGGAGGAACAUUCUGGUCAUGAAACACAACUACUCGCAGGACGCGGCCGACACCUGUGACAUCGACGAGAUCGAGGAGGUGCCCACCACCAGCCACAGGCUGUCCCGACACGACAAAGCUGUCCAGCGGUUCUGCCUCAUUGGGUCUCUAAGCAAACACGAAUCUGAAUACAACACAACUAGAGUCUAGAGAAAGUUCCAGAGAGGAACUAUUUGUUCAAACAUGGGGACAGUGAAAAGAACAUUCUAUAGUGAAUUGUGAAAAGUGGACGCAUUUCUAAAUUCAUUCCACUGCCUUUAUCCAAACUUAAGAAUCACAGACAUUGUCAUUCCUUCGGCAAGACACUCCCGCUGCACAGCGAUAUGCUCAUUUCGUAAUUUGGUUUGCUGGCCACCAAGUGCUCCUUAGUUUUUAACGACAUUUUGAGAUUUACUGGAAACUUGAAGAAGAAAUUAGUUCCUGAUUAAGACUAUCCGACUCUCUCUCUACUGUCGGUUCCACAUGACUUCUAUGUUGUUUCGUGUCUUUGUUCCAUAAUUGUACCUGGUGUGACAUGUGAACGAACUGGACUUUGGGUGAGCUGUGCAUUACAUGUGCGUUGUUUGCAUUAUAUAGAUGAUAUAUUGGGCACAGUGGUGGUUCCUGAGAGAUCUUGAACGUGCCACGUGAAAAGCGAAUCUAUGGACCUUGGAAACACCAGCUCGAGGUUUUAUGGACGAUAAACAUCUGUCAUUGUAUCGUGAUUAAAUACAGCCAGAAGUAAUGAGGAAAGGGACUAGAUUGCAAUAAGAAAAAAAAAAAUCUCAUUUGGGGUCUCUCCUGUAUCCCCCCAUUUCCUUUAUGUUUUGCAUCAAAGGAGGAUACCGCAUUUCAGAGAUAGUUUUUGAAAUCAGGUAUUUCACCCUACAAACCCUUCAGUAGAAAUGUUUUGUUUCGUUAAUUUUGGUUCAGCACUUACAAUGACUGAAUUGACAGUUUGAGAAAUACCCUGCAUGUCAGUAAUGGAUAUUUGAGUUGGACAACAACCGCCCUUUUUAUUAGACACAUUGUAAAAAGCAUGCAUUCCCCAAUACUGCUGUUACCUCCCAUUUCUUGUGUCAUUUGCUUGCUACUUGUAACUUUUUAUAUAAAGAUAUAUAAAAGUGUAUAAUAAUUUCCUAACUUGAGUAAAGAGAAAUGUUUUCUUCUAUUAGAGAGAGAGAGAAAACAAAACAAAACAAAACAAAAAAAAAAACUGGCUUUCCUGCAUACAUACUUUGUAUCAACUCUUCCCAUCUGAGGAGAGAAGCUGUCCCUUCCUGGUGAAGCUCAUUUCUCCAAAAAACUGAUUUCUAAAAAUUUUAUGAAAUAGAUUCUCCUUUUAAGAUGGCAAGUCUUUUUUACAUGCUUGAAAACCAGUCUCUUUCAUGAGCCCACUCCACAGUUCUGAGCUGUAUUUCGACUCAUGCACACAUAGGGUAACUGAAGGCUCAGUGUAAGCAAUCAUCACGGUUUAAUUAAUGAAAGUUAAAUCACAUCAUAGACUUGCUAUUGAGUUGUACACAGACUCGAUAAAGUUUGAUUUAGUGAGAGCGGACUUUUAAAACAGUGAGUGUCUGUUCUUAGAAAAUAAAUGUUUAAACCAGAAGUACUUACAUCUGCUUCCCUGUUUCCAAAACUCUGCUGAGUUCUACGGCAUCAUGUCCUUUCUGCCAGCAAAGCAGUCUAACAGACUACAGGGCCAAUCUUGACUUGCCCUGGCCUGCCGGACCUCACUGCCUGGCAUAGGCCCUCACAUACCUACUGCAUAAGAAUUCAACUUCACACCUGCUGUAAAAACAAAAGGAAGAGCAAAGAAAAUGUGAUGAUAGCAAUUCUGAGUAAUUUAUAUUGCAACAUUGUGACGCCCCUGAAGUAAAUGCUUCCAUAAUUUUGAUAAACUGAAGAACAAAAUGGUGAACAUCAUAAAAUUAAUUUUAUUGUUUUACUACAUAUUUUAUAUAUGUUGCUUAUGUUAAAGCGAGACUUUUUAUUUGACUGUUUUAUUUAUUUACCACUACCUUUAUGCCCUUUAAUUCAAUGGUAAUGCAUUUUAACUCAAUGUUAAUGUCCAAGAUUAUGUUUUGAAAUCAUUAUCCAUACUUUUUACUAUUUCCUCUAUACAGAAAUCUUUUCACUUUGAAUGAAUGCUCAUAAAAAAAUCUGAUAUACAUGUCUUAGAAGAACCAAAGAAACAGAGAAAGUCCGUUAGGGAUGUGUGUGCCACACACCGUCCUCGACUCGAGCGAUGACAGAGCUUCCGACCCUGGCUCUUCUGAAAUGUGCAGGAUCCUUCUGACCCGCUGCUUAAUUAAUAAUUGCACCAGAAAUCCUUUCAUGGAGACCUUUGAAACAUCCAACUAACUAUAGUGACAAAAGUAGAUAGUUUUCGUGUAUCUGCAAUGCCGUAGCUCAACGGGAAAACAAAACUAUUUCAAACGAAGACUGGGUGGUGUCAGUGGUUGUCCCAGGGGUAGUUAACAGUGGACACUGGCAAUCAAAAGGCAGAAAACAGUGGUCACACAGGGGCGGGACUGUUGACAGUCUAGAUGCUGGAUGUCGGGGAAGUUUGACUCGAUGAGACUGAAAUCAGUCAGCACACUAACAGCUUUUAUUGACUGAUGUCACGCCAAUCGAUAGUUUACAUUCAAGUGGGGAGACAGAAGUAGGGAAGGAAUGAAACGUUUCAGGAUUUUCAAGAUGUUUUAUUUUAUUUUAAUAAAUAAUUAUAUAUUUUUUGAUAAAGUGAAGUAAAAAUCUACGUACACGAGUGCUUUAUUAAUUCCAUAAAAUGUUUUCCAAUGAUGUAUCACCACGAUGUAAGUUAAUUGGAAGUAUAGCUGUUUGCCUUCUCUUUCUCUGUUAGAAUUCACUUCCAAAAAUCUGAGGGGCUCAUCAUUACACACAGCGCUUACAAAAGCCCUGAAUUAAGCUUUUCACUUUUGUCCAAGUGCUUGCUCAUUGUCUAAUUCAAGGCUGGUAUGCUGAUUUGGGAAGAUGAUAUUUGUACCUGACUUUAUAAACAUGCAAAUUUUAUACAUCAGAUUUCAAAUCAACAUAUACAACAUUUGAUGUCAUAACUAACUUCCAUUUGAUCAGCUAAUCAAAACAUGGCGCACACGAACUGGAGCUCAGUGCCCGUGGACUUUUAAUGGGGAACAGCACAUCCUGGGGAGAGACUGACUUUUCUGUCUCACGUGAUUUUUUUCUCAGUAGAAGUAUCUGAAUGUGCUGAUGCCAUCAACUUCUGUUUUCAGUGCUUAAUGACGUUUGCUCUUCAAACUUACUUGAAUAUUCUCUUAAGCUAUUUCAUCAACCUUUUCUAUCAUUUUCCUUAAAAUGUGGGCUUUCCUCAAAUUUGAUAGCUUUUUAAAAAAUUACACAAGUAAGUUUUUCUUGACCUCCGAAUAGCAUAAUCAAUUUUGAAAUGUGAUGCUGGUUCUUAUUUUCUUUUACUAGAGUAAUGACCAGUGAUUGAUGUUUUGGUGGUAAAAUAAAGAAUAGAUUUUUCCUUGUUUUGGAACUUGUAUAUUUCAGUGAUGACAAUAAAUUCUGUCAGAUUCCCCCCACCCCUGAAAAUAAAUUUUUUCAAUUAUUUGAAUGCGCAAUGUACGUGAUUUGAAGUG